GGUCAGCGGCGUGCGCAGCGCCGCGUCCCGCUCCGGUCCCGGGCCUCCGCCGCGCCGGCUGGGGCUGCCGGACCCGGCCCAGGUAGGCGGCGGCUGGGCGGGGCAGGGGGGCCGGUCCCCCAAGGCAGCCGGGGUGGAGGCUCACCAGGGGGGCGCGGCUAGCGCAGGACGCCCGGCUUCUGCUCCCCAGCUCGGCCCCUGGCCCGCGGGGCGACUCGUGGGUCCUUUCCCCGCUCCGUGCCUCAGUUUCCCCCUCUGCGCAAGCGGGCUAAGGAGCCCCGCCGCCCUUUGUAAAGUAAAGCGCUAGGGCGCUGGGACAUUAGAGGCGGGUCCAAUGUAUUUUGCUGAGAUCCAGUGGGCUCUGCUGGACCCUGCUCCGAGGUCCGUCUACAGGGACAUGGUUCCAGAGAACUACGGGACGCUCCUCUCUUGGGAUAGCGGCAUGAUUAACCCAGCCCUGCAGCAGGGAGGCCCCGAGACAGCACAGCCCCACGGGACGUUACCAGGGAUGAGAUCCGAAGGGAACGUUUACCAGGCCCCAGGCCACGCAGCCACCUGCCAGAGCCAGGCCAGGCCAGCAGGAAAGCCAUGGAGCAAAACAGCUGCCGACAGUGAGGGCCUGAAGAAACUCAAAGAGGGCAGUGCUGCCGUGCAGCGGGUCCAGGGUCUGCAUUUCCCCCAGCCCGGGGAGAGCCAGACCGUGUGCACCCAGUGCGGGGGCAGUUUCGGCCAAAGUGUGCGCCCUGCCCAGCUGCUGCCCCAGCCGCCCCAGCCACGGGUCCCGGCAGCAGAGAGAUUCUACCAGUGCCCUGACUGCGGGAAGAGCUUCUCGGUCAGCUCGCACCUGACCAUCCACCGGCGGAUCCACACGGGGGAGAAGCCCUACCAGUGCGGCGAGUGCGGGAAGAGCUUCAGCCAAAGCUCCACCCUGGUGCUGCACCGGCGCACCCACACCGGGGAGAAGCCCUACAAGUGCACCGAGUGUGGGCGGAGCUUCGCCGUCAGCUCCCACCUGGCCAAGCACCAGCGCAUCCACACGGGGGAGAAGCCUUACCAGUGCCACCACUGCGGGAAGCGGUUCAGCCAGAGCUCCACCCUCAACCUCCACCAGCGGACCCACACAGGGGAGCGGCCGUACCGCUGCACCGAGUGUGGCCGGGGCUUCUCGGUCAGCUCCCACCUGACCAUUCACCGGCGGAUCCACACAGGGGAAAAGCCUUACCGGUGCGGCGAGUGCGGCAAGAGCUUCCGGCAGCGAUCAGGGCUCAUCACCCACCAGAGAAGCCACGCAGCACAAAGACCGUACAAACGAGCCGGCAGCUGUGGGGCAGAGCGGCCAAUGGGGCGGGGCGCAGAAGAUGCGACUGAGACCGGAGCUUCCUGGUGCUGCCGCCGGGCCAGGACGGCUCCCAUCCGGCUGCGGGGGCCCGAGGCGGCGGCGCGGAGCAGCGCCCGGGGGGGAUUCCCAGCCCCCUGCCCCCAGGACGUGCUGUUCCAGAUGAGGCGAGGGGAAGGGCCCUGCGCCCCGCAUCUCCUGGACUCCACAGAAAGGGCGGUCCUGAGGGGCACCCGUGCAGGUGGCGGGAGCGAGCCUGAGGUGGGAGAUCCCUGGCAGGAGGCAGCACAGCCACACAGGAUGUCCACGAGAGGCUCCGCCGGGAACGAUCCCCGGGGCCCAGACCCAGACCUCGCCUGGGGGGCCGAGGCCGGGGGGCAGCAGGGGGACUCUGAAGUGGAGUGUCUGGGCCCAGCCUGGAGGGAUGAGGCUGAGGCUGGGGGCCAGGAGGGAAAGUCCCCAGUGGAGCGGCUCGGCCAGGCCUGGGGGAGUGAGCCAGAGGCCCAGCCGGGCCAGGCCCCUCCCUACGCUGGCGCCUCGGCCCCCUGCCUGUCGCUGGGGAAGCCCUACAAGUGCACGGAGUGCGGCAAGGGCUUCAGCCAGAGCUCCCACCUGAUGCGCCACCUGGGCACCCACACAGGGGAGAAGCCCUACAAGUGCGGGGCCUGCGCCAAGAGCUUCACCCAGAACUCCAACCUGCUGCAGCACCAGCGCAUGCACACGGGCGAGAAGCCCUACCGCUGCCCGCAGUGCGGCAAGCGCUUCUCCUGGAGCUCCAACCUCAUCCAGCACCAGCGCCUCCACACCGGCCAGAAGCCCUUCCAGUGCGCCCAGUGCGGCAAGCGCUUCUGCGAGAGCUCCCGCCUGCUGGAGCACCAGCGCAUCCACACCGGCGAGAAGCCCUACCGCUGCCCGCAGUGCGCCAAGAGCUUCAGCCGCAGCUCCCACCUCAUCCGCCACCAGCGCAUCCACACCGGCGAGCGCCCCUACCAGUGCACCCAGUGCGGGAAAAGCUUCAGCCAGAGCUCGGCGCUCAUCCUGCACCACAGGACCCACGCGGCCAACCCGCUAUGAGCAGCCUGCCAGGGGAGGGGCGGGGGAGGGUUUUGCACACUGCUCAUGCCUUAUUAGAGACCCAUGCUUGGAGUAAGGACAUGCCGGGCACGUGGGCAAAGGGUUCCCGUUGGAGUGCAAUGCGUGUUCCGCCUUGGACACAGGUGAGCUCAGGGCUUAUUACACUUGGGAGAAUCCACAGGGGACACGUGGACAAAGGGCUUCUGUGGGAGAACACUGCUUAUUAGAUCUUGGAGGAUCCACGUGGGAUGGUGACCGUGGACACGGGGGAGCUCAGCGCUUGUAACGCCUCAGAGAAUGCAUGUGGGAUGGUGACAGUGGACACAGGGGAGCUCAUUUUUGUGACAUCUUGGAGAGUCCAUGGGGGAUGGUGACCGAGGACAUAUGGAAGCUCAUUCUUUGUGAUACCUCGGAGAGUCCAUGGAGGAUGGUGACUGAGGACACGGGGGAGCUCAGUGCUUGUAACACCUCGGAGAGUCCCUGGGGGGCAGGGGAGGGGAAAGACUCUCUGUCCACCUGGGGGAAAGAUUCCUUUUGAAUUCACAACGUAUUGCAUGUGUCCCAGCAAAAAGAAACCCAGAGCAAGUUUAAUCAUAGUGGACAUGUCCUCUGUGGAUCUGUGUUGCACUCGUUGGUACCUUAGCUGCCUACAGAAUGGAAACCACGGGAGAAAAGUGUAUGUGUGGGGAGAAGGAGGUGUGGUUACACCUGGCAGAGACUCCGCUCGGGGAGAAAUCACUAAACUAGAGGAAAAAUAAA